AGUCCUCAUCUCAAUCUCCGGGACCAUGGGCUGGCAUGAUGGCUGUGUUCGUUGUAUGGUUGGCAUCCCAACCGCUUCUGUAAUUGCCACCAUCCUUUGUUUCAUUGGGGUGGCAUUGUUUUGUGGAUGUGGCCAUGAAGCUCUGAGUGGAACCGAAAAACUGAUUGAGACGUACUUUUCCAAGAACUACCAGGAAUAUGAAUACCUCAUUCACGUGAUUGAUGCUUUCCAGUAUGUGAUAUACGGCAUCGCCAUCUUCUUUUUCUUGUUCGGGAUCCUGCUCCUGGCUGAGGGAUUUUAUACCACAACUGCAAUCAAACACAUUUUAGGAGAAUUCAAGCCACCACCAAAAGGCGGCCUUAUCUCUACCGUAACUGGAGGACCACCCAAACCUAGAAGUGUCAGGGGGAGAUAUCCAAUUCACACCUUAGAACUCCUCUGCCGCUGCUUAGGGAAGUGGCUGGGACACCCAGACAAGUUUGUUGGAGUCACAUACGUUGUCACCAUCUUUUGGAUCCUAAUCUUCGCCUGCUCUGCUGUUCCCGUCUACAUUUACUUCAACACCUGGGUGACCUGCCAAUCUAUUGCAGCUCCCGCAAAGACCUCAGCUGGCAUUAGUAACUUGUGUGCCGAUGCCCGCAUGUAUGGAGUUCUGCCAUGGAAUGCUUUCCCUGGAAAAGUGUGCGGAGCCAGUCUACUUGCCAUUUGCAAAACCAAUGAGUUUCAGAUGACAUUCCACCUCUUCAUUGUUGCAUUUGUGGGUGCAGCUGCAGCUCUUGUGGCUCUGCUCACUUAUAUGAUAGGGGCAGCUUUCAACUAUGCUGUGCUUCGAGUUACUGGCCAGGCCGGUCGUUCAAAGUUUUAAGCUCCGAGCUGGGGGACUAAGUACAAACUGUCUUCAAACUAUGUUCGUAAUCUCAUCGUUUAAUUCCUCUUCUCUUAAUGGACUCAUAAUAAUAUGGAUAGCGCUUUUCCAUAGCUGGUCUGCCCUUUGUAUCCAGCUUUCAACGUCCUAUUGGCGUAGAUAAAUUUCAUCUCUACGUCGAAGCACUGUAUACCUAAAGAUCGAGGUUCUUCGGCUCAUGUCACUGAAGCAAUGG